GGGAAGCACCAGAAUCACUUGAUUGGAAUCCCCACCACUGCCAGACAGUGAUAGAUUGACAGAAGCAGCAAAGAGAGUCUGUCCUUUGAAAUUAGGAUCCAACACAGCACAAGAAACAGACGCAGACAGAUAGAGAGAGAAAUGGAGGACGAAGGAAUAGGGUUGGUGUUGGCCAGAGCCACAGAACUUCGUUUCAAAAUCAGCAAUUGCAUCAACAGAGCCACCGCCAAUGGCCCCUCCCAACACGCCGAUGACGAUGACGACGACGCUACUGAAAGGCUUCUCAACAUUUGCGAUGCCCUCGAGGCCUUGGAGACCCAGCUUUCUUCCUUGCAGGUUCUGCAGCAACAACAGCGGUUUGAAAGAGAAAUGGCCUUGACUGAGAUUGAAAAUAGUCGCAAAAUGUUAAUUGAUAAGCUUAAGGAGUACAAAGGCAAGGAAUUGGAUGUGAUACAUGAAGCUUCCACUUUUGCUAGUGAAAAGGUGGAGCCUAACAAUGAUCUACUGCUUCCUCCAUAUCCAAGCCGCCCUCCAUACUCUGCAUCUCUGGACAAGGAAUAUCUCUCACAAAUCCCUUCCGUGAAUAAGUCUGGUCGCAAUGGGUUAAUCACACUUGAUUCAAUGAUUGAGGCAAAAAAGAGUUUAAGUGAGAAAGGGCAAAAUCAUGUUGAAAGUGGAGAAAAAAAUUCAAGAAAAGGAUUGGGAGCUUUUAUGACUUCUGCAGCCAAAACAAUGCUCACAGUAGUUGGCGUGGUAUCAAUAGUAAGUUUGUCUGGUUUUGGGCCUAAUUUAGGUAAGUUAGGCAUUCGUUUCAGCGUACAAGGCCGGAGUCAGUCUCACGGAGUAGAAAAUGAGAACAAGAGGACCAUCACUAAGAAUGAGAGUGAGAAACCAAUUACUCAGUGUCCCCCUGGGAGAAUUCUGGUGCUGGAAAAUGGCGAAGCUCGAUGUCUAGUGAAGGAGAGAGUUGAAAUUCCAUUUUCAGCUGUUGCUGCAACACCUGAUAUAAACUAUGGAUGUGGUUAAGAAUAGCAUUCUUUCUCCAUAUUGUAUAUCACUUCACUUUUUGUCAAUAUGCUUUUUAAAAAAUUAUCUUCAGUGGCUGAUUGUCUUGAUUUUUGGUUGCUGAUAUUUAGGUAAGUGAUGUAGUUGAUCAUUUAUUUUUUUAAAAUGAGAGAAAUUUUGACCUGAGGCCACUUACACUUCAAAGGGUACGCUGUUGAUUACCGAUUAUUUGUCAGCACGUCACCAUCUCUUAAGGGUAUGCUGUUUUGCAAUUGAGCUUUCACCUCUAGCACUGUUUUUGGAAGUGUAGUUAUGGCAAGGCCUUAAUGCUGUGCCUCUUUUAAUUGUUGGUGGGAGUAUACGGUAGGUUAUUUAGAAUUCCCCCAUCAAGAGAUGUGUCCAAAAUGGCAAACAUCAAAGAAAAAGGGUUGUAAGAGGAUUUUGCGCUAAAGGUUUUGUUGCUGCCUAUGAGUUCCAAUUAGGGAUGUGAUGAGGAAAUUAUUGUUAACACGUGAUCACUUCAUUCAAUAAAAAAUGCAUUAUUAGGGUGGGGGAGAUCUUGGCCAGCUGUUUAUAAAUGUGUUAAGAAUAGGAAGGGCGUAUGAUGAAUGAAGGUCUAAUCUACACCCCACAACUGAAUCAGCAUUAAAAGUAAAUAAAGAUAUUCUUCUUAUGAUUGUAACCAGUUGCUCUGUAGAGCCCAUGACUCAAAACAGUUAAUAUCCAACUACACUUACAUUUGUUGGAGUUGUCCUCCUGAAAAUCCUGUGUGUUAACGUAAAUCAUUAUGGCUACGUUUCAUUGCUCACGAAUAUUACUAUGUUAUUGGUCCAAAUCCUCCUUUGUUGUCGAUUGCGAUAUUAAUUGCCUUAAAAUGGAGACAUUUGUCCCUCUCUUAUUAGAGUAGGUUUGAGAGAGAUGAAAUAUAAGAAUUAAGGUUAAAAUGCUCUCGCAUGUAAAUUUCAUAUCUCUCUCUUUCUGAACCUUCACUUCCCUCCUUUGGUCUAUGAAUGGUGUCUAUAUUUUUUAUUUCCAUCUGAAUAAUAUAUAAACAAGUAUUUUUAUAAUUUCACCUGACUUAUAAUUUUUGUUUUUUUUUCUGAUUUUAUAAUUAUAUAAUAGGGUUCUAAAACAUAAGACACAAUAUUACAGCAUGUUUAACAUUUCUCUUAGAGGUUAAUUUGUUCAUGGCUAACGCAAAGAGUGGUCAAUCAAUCGUUAAAGUUCAAACUUCAAUCCAUGUGGCUACGUUGGCAGGUCAUCACCAUUUGCAUCUUCCAAGCGUGGAGGAUUUAUUUGGAUAUUAAUUUAUUCAGCAAACGGUGCGAACGGGAAAGAGAUAAACUAAAAAAUUAUAUUAUUUGAAAAAUUAAAAAUAAUAAUUUUUUUUUGGGAAACAAAUAUAUGAGAUUGAAUAAAGCGAAAUAAAUUUUAUUCCAUUUCACCAUGUUAAAUAUUUGAACAAUAUUAUUAUGAGUAAUAAUUAUCAUAAUUUUUAGGCAUUUAAAAUAUUUUAUAUUUAUUGAACUCAAAUUCAAAAUUAAAAAUCAAGGUUUUUUAUGAUAUUCCAUUGAGCAUAUAAAAAGUA